AUGGACAACCGCGACGACGAUUCCCUGUCUUCCUCCCUACCCAGCAGUCUUAUUCCCCAUCUUUAUACAGGCCCUCAGGACAGUUCAACGCGAACAACUCUCUCAGAUGAUUUCUCAACUUCUCAGCUUCUCCCACCCUUGGAGCCACGAUUGCCUGUCCGUCGCUCAACCGCUCCUUUUGAUCCCGCGGACGACAAGACCACAAAAAAUAUCCCUUCGUCCUCGACGUCCCUUUUGGAUCUCGCAGGCGCUGCAAUUCAUCAACCGGCGAUCCCGCUGCCAUCCACAACGAGAUUUGGAAGUCCUAUUUACAGCGACCCGGUUUUUCAUGCGUCAAGAUCCCAAUAUACACGAGCGUCAAGCUAUCCUUACACGGCGCCACCCCGGAGCGAUGCCAUUCAAUCAGUAACGAGGCGGGACAGCGAGGCUGGACCCUCUUCACGACAGGACAGCGCUUGGGCGUCUCCUCUUCGCCAAUGGCAAGGAAGUGACGCUGCACCGCCGUCCUGGAGCGAUCCUGUCUGGAAUCAGCCGCCGUCUACGACGUCGAGAGAUCUACCACAACCUUCGUGGCCAUCGCGGGCUCGAGAUGGUCCCUGGCCAGAAACUCAGGAUCGCGCCAACGUAAACCAGCCCGGAAAUUGGAGUUCAGCGAUCGCCCAUUUCGGGAGUGGUGUUUCUGCCCCGGUAGGUGGGGACAGAAGCUCGUUCUCCGCCGAUAUGGACAAGCGGUACACAGAACAGGAAGGCUAUCACGACAUGUCACUCAUCCCGCCCGGGCAAACGUUGUCGCUUCCUUCUUUCCUUAGCAAAACGUCACCUGGUCCCCUCUUUCCGUCACAAUUCACAUCAGAGUCAAGCAACUCCAAUGUCCAGGACCAACAGCAACCAAAGAACUAUCCCUACUCUACUUCUCAGCUCGGUACCUUCCUUGUUCCACCACAACCCGGGCAAUCCUCAGAACACGACCCGAUGCGUGGUAUUAGCCCCGACUUCCAAUCUUUCUCCGCCGACUCCCGUUUUAGCACCUUCAGCAGCGGAUUUUCAGGAGAUGACGCUGGCAGUGCAAACGAAAGCUCUUCCCAGAAGGGCAAGAAGCAGCAAUCCGGCAAGGAGGAUGGCGUUCGUAGGCCCAAAACCUCGGUAGCCUGCGAUUUCUGUCGGGGCCGCAAACUCCGGUGCGACGGGGACAAGCCUUGUUCCAAUUGCAAGGGCAGGGGGUACCAAUGUGUAUAUGUCCAUUUCCAGAGGCGACGCGGCCCAGGGAAGAAUCCAAAAGGACCAAGGGCAAAGAAGCGCGCGGCCCAGGCCGCAGCGGCCGCUGCUGCCAAUAUGACACCCGCAACAUCGGAGUCUAUGUCGUCCUCGACUCAACUAGAUGCCGGAUCUAGCGUGUUGCCAACGCCCAUGGAUCAAUCUCCCCUCCCCCCAAACUCGUCUUCUUUGCACACCUUUCACGCAUCGCCUCCAGAACUCCAGGAAUUUAGCUUUCGCCUACCUCCAGAAACCCCGAACUAUCCUUCAUCGACUCCGUUUCCGAAUGCAGCACCUUCUCGCGCACGGACUGGGCCCCGCAGUCGGGAAACAAGCUCAGAAGAUCGUUCGGAUGCAGAAGAAAUGUAUAGGAAGAUGGGAUAA